AUGGAUACUUAUGAAGUGCUAUUGGGAUUAUCAAAAAACCCAAUGAAUUAUACAGAGGAGUAUGGCAGGCAGUUAGACAAGUUUGUUUCGCUUGUGAAUCUUCCAAAUCAACCUGAAAAGCCAAUCAGACAAGUUCUCUCGCUUCUGUUAACACAUGUGAAGAUUGACAGCAGACUUCCAAAUGCACUUAUCAACAGCAUAAGAACAAUCAAAUGCCACAAGAUAAGACACGUAGUGAUUGAGAGUUUGUUUUUACUAAAAAGAAACAAGUUGAUAGAUGCAGAUCAGCUGUUGAGGAAUCUUCUUGAAUAUCAUUCGGAUCUGAAGUCGAUAUUGAACCGAACAAGGCGAGAGGUGAGUGUAGAUACUAUUCCAUGCUUACUUGAAUAUUAUACAAAGGGAAACGAUAAACAAAAGUGUUUCUGCUACUACAUGAUUGUGUAUCUAUUUUCUUGUGGACACACAAAACUUGAGAAGGAUGUAUGCGAGGGAAUGUUUGUGGAUGGAAAGGUUGGAAAACUGUGCAUGUUAUAUUUUUUAGACCAGAUAGACUUUGAAGAUGAAGGAAGUAAGGCAAUGGAUCUGUUGAGCUAUGAGGGAGCAAGUACAGGGAAGAAGCUGUUCAAGAGUAUCCAAAGAGAAGCAGUAGACAGAGAAGUGAAGAUAAUGAAGAUGAAAGUGUAUUCGCUGUUUAAAAGCAGAUAUGGACUGAAAGCGUCGAUAGUGCCUCUUGCAUUAGAUAUGCUAAAUCCUGAUAAGAGCGAUAUCAAGGAUGUGAUGAGGUUGAUAAUUGGUGGAACAACAGAGAAUGAUGUAAUGAAAGUGAUUGGAGUUGUUAGUGAGAUGCUGUGCUCGGAGUUCCGUGACGAUGAUUACAUUGCAUAUGGAUUGAAUGUGCUAAGAGAAUUGUACUGCAAGUUUGACUCUGAGGCAAGUAAGCUUAAGCAAAAAGGCAUAGAUAUGGACAUGGAGGAUGCUUGCGAUAGCGAUGAUGAAUUUGCAAGCGAAGAUGCGUCAAUAUUCACGAAUGAAGAACACAUUGAAAGUGAAGAUAAAGAAAACGACCUGCGCAUUAAGGAGUUUAUUGAUGGCAUGAAAGAUAAGAUUACAAAUGCAGUGUCAUGCUUCAAGGACUCAAAAUCCAAGUGUGUAUAUUAUGCAUACAUGUCUGUUGUGAAUGUGAUGAAUCACAGGAAGUAUUCUGGAAAGCGCCCUGAGUAUGUGAAGAAGAAAGCAAGCAAGGAGGAGCGAAUUGCAGUUAAAAGAGCUGGUCUAAGGGACAAGAAAGAGAUGAUGAAGGAAAGGAAAAAGAGUGGAGGAAAGCAUUCUAAGAAAAGAAGAAUAAGCAACAAGAAAAAGACUGUGAAAUAA